CAUUAAACAUGACUGAUUAUCAGACUAAAUUUUGAAGAAUAGAAAAGGAAAGGGAAGAUUGAUUGGGUUUGCGGCAUUUACAGAUUUUAUGAUUUGAUGAAUUAGUCCCAAAAGAACAACAAAAUGAAUUACCAGAAAACAUACAUGAAUCACAUCCACUCCAGCUCACUGUUGUAUCAGCUGUCGACAAUGUGGAAGACCCAGACAUUAUGUGAUGCUAUUAUUCGGACUGGUAGUGUCAUCACAAAGGCUCAUCGUGUGGUGUUAGUUGCCGCUUGUCCUAUGCUUCAGUCAAUGGAAAACGCAGCUGCUGGGUCUCAUUUAGAAGUAAGACUGGCUGCAGAUAUAAAACAAGAAUCCAUCAACACAUUCCUCCAGUAUCUAUAUGAAGGAUUCAUGACAUUAAACGAAGAAAAUUACAAAGACAUUGAGAAAAUCUCCCGACUUCUUCAAGUUGAGAAUGCGAUAAAGUGUUGUGCAGAUUUUAGCAAGUGUAUAAAUGUCUCGUCAGCAAAUCAGUACCGCUACAAUUACCCAGAUCAGUUGGAAUUCAAGCAUGUGAGAACAACAGAACUUCAGAAAGUUCAGGAGAGGCACCCAAAGCGAAAUACUGACCGACCGAUAAGCCCAGGCAGCAAACGACCAAGGUUCCAGGGACAUCGAAGUCCUCUGUCAGAUUCAAGAACCCAUGAUAUGUCUGGAAUGAAGGAAAGUUAUACUGUGAAUGAUCCUUGGGACCGAGUGCCAAGGCUUGGAUCGCACACCCCCACAUCCGUCCAUAUUCCUAGUCAACAGCCUGGAGUGAUUGAUAUAGUAGAGGAUAGUAUUGAGCUACUACAGACUGAACCCCCAAGCAAAAGGCCAGGGGAGGACAGCAGGGAGGUCAGAAAAGUGCAGAGCACAGUAGGAGUUUCGGUGGCUAGUCAGAGGGAUGCCCCUUCAGAUGUUCAGAUUGUCAACGUACCUGGUGCUUCAGAUGUUCCAAGUCAGAAACCAAUCCCAGAAUCCUCCACUUUCAUUCCAAGUUCACCAUCUUCAUCAGAUUCCUCAUCGCUCAAGGAAAGACCACCCCACUUUAGCAGCCAGAGUUACCCCCCUAAAACAGAUCUCGAUAAACCAACCUCAAAUAUGGACCCAAGUUCUAAUGUUGAUGUAGCAUCCCAAAGACAUCGGCCGCCAGAUAUCUUGGCUGGUUCACAACCAGCCCAGCCUUACCCUGUAUCCAUAACAGCAUCCCCCCGAUCAGUACCACAGAGUUUUCAGCAGAAGCCAUUUGCCGCUGGCAGUGCCAUCCAAGCAGAAACAAUGUCACCUGGUGCAGCACAGAGAGGCCCUAAACCCCAGACCAUUAGUAGGGUAGAAAGCAUGGAGAAAGCCUCUCCCAUGGAUAGGCCACCAGAUACAGGAUCUCAAACUAGAGAUCAGAAUAACAGGUUGUCCCCAGAUAUUAGUAUUGUUAAAGUGGAGAAUGAGCUAGGACCAGAGGAGACUGGGAUAUUAGACAUGUAUGUGGCUGAUGCAGGAGGGGGUGGAAUGGGUACAUCCCACAUGCAGAAAGAGGAAGAUCACAGUGAUUAUGAUGUAGAAGAACCGCCUGGGGACAUGCAUAAGGAUGAAAUGUCAAAUGAAAGUGGCAACAUGAGUAUGGAUCAAAGUGGGAACUGGUACAUGGGGAAUUUUAGAGGAGGUAAAUCGACACAAGAUGGUCACCAGAUUUUAAUAGAAGAAGAUACAAUGGACUCGGCAACUUCAUUUGAUGAUUUUGACCUGAAAAGAUGGACAGAAUCUGUACCUGCCACUCAAGAAAAGGGAAGCAUUCUAGAUGAAAACAAACCACGUAUGUCGGCCAUGUCUGAUGUAUCACCUUUCAGUAGUGAUCAGUUUCUUACUUCAGGCUCUCCAUCAAAGUUUGAAAUUCAGACAUGCAUGCCUGAGUGGGAAUCAUUACAGCCAGGAAGAGAUAGAGAGACAAGACUAUUUUCUAAUCCUGUACAGUUUAGUCUAGAUCCUCACCAGCAACAACCAAUGAUGAAGGCGAGUAGAAUCCAGGUUCCAUAUAAUAGAGGUCCUAGUGGAGGGAAGUCCUUUAAAGCAAAAAACACUCCUUUGCAGGCCCCUUCAUUUUUAUGCGAGCUUUGCAUGGCGUCAUUUUUCAGCGAGAAUGAUCUAAAAAUUCAUAAACAUUCUGUAAAUCACAGAGGAUUAUAUUUCUGCAGAUGGUGCUCCAGUUCUUUUGGUACUAAAGAGGAGCGUAAUGAGCACGUUCAUAGUCAUGCUGAUGGUAGUAUGUUCUUAGACAUAUGUAUACCAUGUGGCAAGGGAUUCAAGUCCAGAAUGGGAUAUGUGAAUCAUAUGAAGAUGUAUCACACUAAGGAGGGAGAGGUGCAGACAUACAGAUGUGAAGUGUGUGGGAAGUUGUGUGUGACUAAAAGUCAGUUAAAUGUACACAUGAGAGCCCAUUCUGACCAACAGAAUUUUUAUUGUGUAACUUGUAACAAAUCCUUUAAACACAAGUUCACUCUUCAAAGACAUAACUGUCCAGCAUCACAGCCAUGAUUUACAUACAUAUAUAUGAUUGUGCAUGUAUUCAAAUUUAUUGUCAAUGUUCUUGCCAUUGCUGAAGCGACUUUUUCGUUUUAGCACUUGAUCAGUUUUGAAUUUAACCUGUGAUGUAUUAGCUAUUUUGUGCAUGAUUUGGUUCUUUGUGAUGUAGUAGACCCUUGUGUAGUAUUGAAUGAAUGUGACAAAAUGAUGUAUCAACGUUAAAACUGAAUAAAUAGGAAAUGUUUAUUUUUAGAAUCGAGGACAACAGAAGUAUCAUCAUCUGUUCUACCUAAACCAAGCUAUAUUAUACAGGACCAGACUGGAAUCUUCGGCUUUGUUUGUCCAAUAUGCGGAAGGGCGUUAAAAACAAAAGCUGGUUAUAAGCUUCAUUUUCAACUAAACCAUGGAGAGAAAUCUAAAUUUCCAACAUGUGAAAUCUGUGGCAAACACUUUCACUGUGUUAGCAGGCUGGAGUCGCAUAAGAGGUCACAUUCUAAGGAUCGGGACUUUUUGUGUUUAAAAUGUCGUCGAACAUUUAAGUAUAAAAAUAAUUUGAAAGCUCAUAUUUGUAACUUGUGAAAUGGAAAAGGAAUUAUGUUCUUUUGAAGGAUAUGUAUUGCUGGAAAGAAUUGCAAUAUAUUUGACAUUCCCGUGGUCUAGUCUUUUUUGUUUGUUUAGCUGUCCAAGAAGGAAUCAUGGUUUCAGUGAUAAGUAGUUCGUGAUCUGGGUCUCUAAGAUGGAGUUUAGAACUGCAUGGCACAGAAUUGUUCAAUCAGUAUGUUGACUUCAUCAUGAAAAGAAAAAUACUUACACGUAAAAUUUAUAAUUGCAGAGUCAACGUCUGUGACAAUUCUAAAGCAAAUGGAAUCGGUGAGACCGAAUCCUUGUACAACUUGGAAAGGAAAAGGUUUUAGUAUUUUGGCAAAUCGCACGUCAAGAGGGUUUGGUUCGUCAGAAGUGGAGACUGGUCAGGUGAUAGCCGGCAUGUACCACCGCCUGGUUCAAAAUCCGGGUGGAAUUAAACGUGUUUGCGCACAUUGCAAAAAGCUGGGAAGUAAAUUUGCUUGUGGGAUGUUUCGAAGAUCCUAUUACAGAUGCGAGGCUUGCAAUGUUUCCCUUUGUCGUCCAAAUUUUAAAGAUUGUUUUCAACAGUGGCAUUCACAGUUAUUGAAUAACAUUGAGAAUAACAUUGGCAAUGAUCAGACAAACCAAAAUGUACACCUAUAGUUGGUUUUCAAGUGGUUAUCAGAUAAUCUGGAGUAUUGCAGUGUAAGAAAUGAUGUGUUUGAUGUUUCCAUUUACAUGUGUUGUUUUGAAGCUUUAGUGUAUUUUGGUGUAUGUAUAAAAAUUUAAGAACCUCAUGUAGAAUCAUUAGAGUAGAUGCAUCACGUUAAAGGACAUCAUCACUUCGUUAUAUCAGGAACUAACGAACUCCACUUUGAUUGUGCAGCUUUUCCACCACCACAAACCAUGGAGUAUAUCCAUCCCAUGAUGCUGAUGCCUCCCUUACCUUGCCGAAAAGAAGAGAAACGUCAUCGACUUGUGCAGGCUAAGAAUGCUGUCUGCAAGUACUGUAAACUGAUUGGAAAUCGUUUCGGGUGUGGACAAGUCAGGACGACUUACUAUAAAUGUGAAGCUUGUGAUGUUAACUUGUGCCGUGAAGAGACUCGUGACUGUUUUGCUAAAUAUCACGCUUUGCUUGCUCAUGGAAUGCCAUCAUAAGAUCAAUAUACUUAGCUCUUAUGUUAUUUUUUUUUUUAAAGAUAUUGUCACUUGCCUGUCUAUCAUUCUUAAGCUGGUGACGAUGAGUGAUAUGUGAUGAAUAGUGUUUACCUGUUCUACGAGGUUCAAUAUUUUAUGUAAGGUCCAUUGUUCAACCGAUCUUUAAAGUAUUUCAUCUCUUCUUUUUGUGCCGUGUAAUUAGCAUGCAAGAGAGAAUGGUGAUACACAUGGCCAGCGUUGAUUCUAUUUUGAUUAGGUUUUUGGUCAAUUCUCAUUUGUAAACUUAGAAUUAUAUAAAUUUAUUAAAGUAAAUCUGAUCAUUCAAGGAUGUAUUUUAAAGAGAGACGUGUAGGCGAAUGUAUAUCUCGAGAUGAUAUCAGUGGUUUACCUUGGUUUUCUUGUUACUUGACAAUCUUGCUCUUUGGGUGCUUGUAUUUUGAUUUUAGUAUCCGAACAAACGCACACACAUACACGUAAACAAACCAUUUUACAUAGUUUGUAUGAAUUUUCUAUUAUGUUAGAAGUCACAAGUGUUAAGUGUAGUAAUUUCAUAGUUUGUGAAGAGAUGAAACUGUUUGGAAAAUGGUCAUCAUUUAUCAGAUUAAUAAAUUCUGAAAUUAACAGACUGCAAUUUGCUUGUACAGCUCCAGGAACGUAUCCAAUGAUUCCUGCCCUGACACUGACAGCACCGGGACCACAAGAUGUUGAUAAGUACCAUCGACUAGUUCAUGCGAAGAAUGGUGCUUGUAGAUAUUGUAAAAUAACAGGAAACCGCUUUGAGUGUGGACUUGUGAGAACUUCUUACUACAAAUGUGAGGCAUGUGAAGUUAAUCUGUGCCGGGAAGCGACACGCGACUGCUUCGCAAAAUAUCAUGAUCUUCUUAAAAGAAGUCAAAGUGACGCGGCUAUUCUACAGAUGCUUCCAAAGAAGUGUAGAAAUAACUGGUGUUAGUUUAGUGUAAUACAUUUUGUGAUACCUGUACUGUGUUAUACAGCACAUAUUUAUAGAGUGCGACUGAAAAGGAAGGUGAUGCAUAAUAAUUCUUUGAGGUACUUGUAAUUCUGAAAUAAAGUUGCACGAGAGGAAAGUUGCUUUGGUUUUUGAUGAAUCAGCAUGGCAAAUUCAUGCAACGCAAAUAUUUUGAGACUUGUUUCAAACUACCAGAUAUAAAAUGGCAUUAUCCAAGAUGAGGUGUUGGGAUAAGUUUCUUAUCAUUUCGAAAAUGUGCGUUUUUGGUAAUAUUUCUUGAUUUCAAAAGGAAUUGUUUUGUUGAUGUCAGAUGGUAAUUUGAUUAUUCGCGUUUUUCUCCAGAAGGCUUGUUAUUGAGUAAUUGAAGAAAGUGAAAGCACUGAGGAAAUUUUCUUUAUUGCAGAGCCAACUGCCUAUGUAUCUCUUUCGGAUGAAGGAACAGUGGUGAAGUGGGACUCGCAAGUAGGACGAAACGAGGUUUUCAGUUUCAUAGAAAAUCAGAAUGGAUGUAAAGUUGUGCACGAAAUGACGGUUAACAGCGGGGGUCGAGCUAAGGUGUGCGUCCAUUGUAAAGCUGCGGACACGAGAUACCCUAGCGGAGAGACAUUGAAAUCCAAGUAUAUGUGUACUAUCUGUGAAGUGUCUCUUUGCAAAAGUAGGAAAAGGAAAUGCUUUGACAAAUAUCACACAGCAAGGUUCAUCUCGUUAUCUGGAUAGUUGUUUUGCUUUUCCACAACAUUCCUAAAUGUGCAGUUCGUGGAAUGCUUAAAUGAUGUAUCGUGUUUAUUGACAAGAAGCAUCUCAAACUGUGCUGGUUUUUAGUGUAUUAAUAUUUUUGUUUAAAUCAUUCCGGCUCCUUUUCUCCAAUGAUUUCUGUGUUCAGCAGUUUUGGCGAUGUUCAUCGAUUACGUUCAUUUGUCAAUUUGUUGUUAAGAUUGACUUGUUGGUUACAAUGAAAUGUUUCCUGUACUAUUUUCAUAAUUCACAUAAAAUACUUGGUAGCGUGAGUAAGUUUCGAGUUUUCAUUGAUCAACUACAUUCGGUGAAUGUUUUUGUUCCAGAAACGUCCGUUGGAACUGCAGCUCGUUGGAAACCAAAUCGGGUAUGGGAUUACGUUCCCGAAAUGCUGCAAGAUGGUCACACUAUAAACCACAACCUUGUGGAGGGCGAUAAACGCAGAGUGUGUCAGUUCUGCAAACAUUCUGGCCAGAGAUUUAGAUGUGGAGAGACCCGCAAAUCGUUUUACAAAUGUAGUGUUUGCAACGUUUUUCUCUGUAAGAAAGAGUGUUUUAGGAAGUACCAUGAAAUGACGAUAGGUGAAAUACCGGCCAUAUAGAUUGAUAUAUCUUAUGAGAGUUCCAGGGAGUUGCAAUAAAAGGAAAUCAUCUUGUUUGGUCCUUGGAUAUUUGGCAUCUUUUACAGUUGAUGUGUUAAUCCAUUAAUAUUCUACAAGAGGGAUAUUAGUGUUUGUUUUUGUACAGUUGAAGUAGAAUAUUUACAGGAUCAUGAACAAAGAACAACCAAAAAAACAAAAACAAAACAUUAUAAUAACUUCAUGUCCAUCCCAAACGGAAUAAGAUUUUAGAAUAGAUUUCCUCCUGAGUUUGUGUUUCGGAACUUGUUAUCAUUGUUUUUGCAGGAACAACCAUGAAGCCUGUUUCAUUCGGCUUAGCAGAACCGGAAACAAGAUUUUCCAACGUUUCCCACUUUCAAUUUCCAACACAAUCGGGAUUUUAUCAUCAGAGUGAACCAGACCCGCGAUUGAGAUGUCCUAAAACAAUUGAAAAUUCGGGACGAGCGAUAGAAAUGGACUGCAAUGGGGUUGUGCAUACACUUGUACGAUUAAAUAUGACUCAAAACCGCACAUGCGGAUACUGCAGUUUAAUGCGAAAUGUUACCAAAGCUGGGUUUGCGAAGAAGUCUUACUAUGAGUGCAAUGUGUGUCGAAUUCCACUUUGUCGAAAUGAAUUUCAAUGUUUUUUCAAAUAUCAUGAAAUAAUGAAGAAGCAUCAUUUGCAGGGACCCAUGUCAAAGGCAGAAUUUAAGUUGUAUACGUCUUUAUAUAAAUAUGAUGCGUAACAAAAGACCUGACCUCGUCUGUCUAAGCUUGUUUGUCUAUAUACUUCGUGAUUUGUAAGAGGAUUCAUAUUGUAAAGCUGAUAUUUUGAAUUUGAAAUAAAUUUGUUUGCGAAUAUAGGUUGGUAAUCUUUUUAAAGAUCUGUCUGUUUUUGAUGAAAGGAGCAACAAAAGGGGUCUCUAAGAGCAGCAAGCUUCUUAAUUGCUUGGGUCAUGCUGGUAAACGAGGUUUUAUUUAUUUUGUUUCUUUGUUUGCAGCUGUUCUCCAAGUUUUGAAAAAUAAAAUGCUAAGAGUCGUUGUCACUGUUCUUUUUAAAGAUUUGGAUAUUUCUGAUAUCCAGCACUUGUGUAUUUUAUUGAAUUGAACAUUCUAACUGUAUCGGAUGAUCCAAAUGGUCAGAAAACAUUAACAGCAUUUUCUUAAUUACAGAGCCAUAUGCAGUGCAUGCGUAUGAAAAAUCGUUUUCGAUGUGUCAGCCUGUGGCAGCACAGACGAUGAACCGAAAACCUUCUGGAGAACAUUGUCUCCAGAAAAUGGAUGGUAACAAGCUAAAGCGCUGUUUUUACUGUCAAAUGGCCAAGAUUCGAACACGCGCUGGAUAUCGUGUGAAAACAACAAGUCACUGUGUGGUUUGUGAUGUUCCACUGUGUGGUGGGACAGCAAAAUGCUUUGAACUCUACCAUGAACUUUUGAAAUCAACUGACCACUAUGGAGGCGGGUCUGGGUAUCAUGGUUGAAUACCUAAAACACCAGUCACAUGACAUGAAUGAGGUGUGAUCGUGGUUUAUGUACAUAACAAUGGAAACAAUAACUACGGACGUUUUCUCAACAUAACUGUUAAAUUACUGUUGGUAUCAAUGCUUGUAAAUGGGUUAUUUAGUUGUUCACGAUGUGUUUUAUUGAACAUUUUUCGGUUGUGGUACAGAACUGUAUAUUGGAUGUUUACAUUUGUUCUCGAGUUUAUUCAAGUACUGGUUUUUUGGUGAAUCAGGUUGGUGGGUAGUGCUUUGGUCUGUUGUGAAAGUAAGAGGCAAAUAGGUACUGCAAUGCAGAGACAAAUCAACCUUUGACCUGUCUUUUCAGAUCCCAGACAAACCGCGUUUCCAUCAAUGUUUCCGAAACCUCGUCGCAAUCCACCAUACGAAGUUCCCCAUCGCCUUGUUACAGGUUCAAGGAAGCGUUGCGCCAUGUGCUACUACAGUCGCGUAAAGACAAAAUCUGGAUGGGAUAUCUACACGAACUAUAAAUGUGAAGCAUGUGAUGUUGCUCUGUGCAACAGGGAGUUCACGCAAUGUUUUAAGUGUUUUCAUGACGGCAUCCAACUCCAUUACUCAUUUGCAAAUGCGGAUAUUUAAUGCAUGUGACUCGGUAUAUUUCAAAACUUAGUUCUGCAUUUACUAGAAUAUGCAUAGUUUAAUGUAGUCCAUGUUUCUGAAUUAUUUGAGACGUUUGUUUAGUGUUUAGUGUAUUAUGAAUGUUUGACUUGCGAUGGAGGUGUUUAAGAUAUUACUGAUGUUUGUACAUUUGUCAGUAAGUAGAUCAAAAUGUAUGUGGACUUAAAUGACGAGAAUUGUUAAAAACUAUAGUAGAAAAAUUUCAAAAUAUGUAGACCAUAUGUAUAUUUUUAUCUAAAUGAUUAAAUUACGCUGAAAGUGGCA